CCCUAUUUGGUCAUUGGUGGGGGCGCCAGCGAGGCCGGCGGCGCUGCCGGGGAGCCGGACGCGGCGGAAGGGGACGCGGAGCAGUCGCGUGCGCGGAGGGCAGCUCGGGAGCUCCGGGGCCCUGGGAACAAUGGCGCUGUGCGCGCGGGCCGCGCUGCUGCUGCUGGGCGCGCUGCAGGUGCUGGCACUGCCGGGGGCCGCGGCCGACGGCUCUCCAAGUGGAAACGACUCUGUGCCUCUGCUGACCUCCAGUGCUAAUGUGACAGAGAAUAUCACUGCGCACAUGGCUUCCAACCAGACCAGGGAAUUUAACAGCAGCACUGUGAAGCCAGCAGUAACUUCAAGACUGCCAAAACCCGUCACAGCUGUCACUUUGAAACCUGCAACUAUUGCUAAAACAUCAACACCAGGGGUCUCACCACACACUACUUCCACUACCUCAGAGUCUACACCCAAAGCUAGUGCUUCCCCAAAUUCUACCCACACAUCAGCAUCAUCCGUGACCACCACAGGCCCCAGCAGUUUAAAGACAUCGAUAACGAUAACAGCGACUGUUCAUUCUGACAAAAGCGGAGGGUCCAGGUUUGACGCCGGCAGCUUUGUUGGAGGAAUGGUGUUAACACUGGGAGUUCUGGCUGUGCUCUACAUUGGAUGCAAAAUGUACUACUCAAGGAGAGGCAUCCGGUAUCGAAGCAUUGAUGAACAUGAUGCCAUCAUUUAAAGCACUCUACUGGCCAGGGAAAGAAGAGAGACUGCAACCCUAUCAAUUAGUUUGUUUAUAUUAGCUUAAAAUAUUAUUUUCUUGGAAGUAAUAUUAAGAAGCAUGCAUAAAAUGAACAGUAUGUUCCAUGAUAACCAGAAAUCCCUCUUUACUGAAGGUAAAGGGUGUGGUCUGGGCAGUUCAAUCAAUAAUUGGAGCAAACAGGUAAUGUAUCCAAUGAUUACAUUUACUUUAGAAAGCCCUAGCAAGGCAAGCCCAUCUUUCGGAGUAUGCAGGUGGCACUGGUUGACACUGGAGCAGGAUCCCAUGUAGCGUGCAGGGACGAGCCUGCUGUGGCACUCAAUUUCACUAAAGAGUGAGCAUGUAAAGAACCUGAGUGCCAUUCAGAGCUGGGUGUGCCCUAAUUCAUGCCUUGGGUUCCACGGCUGAGCUCACCUUAAGAAGGCGUCAACCUUUUAGGGUUUAGAUCAGGCUUGAUCUAGAGAGAACCUGCACUCCAAUGCAGCCCCCUCACAUGCUUGUAUUAAAGGCACUGGAGUGCUGUGAGUGCCAACUUCACUGACCACCUCUUUCCAGCUGCCCUCAUACUGUUUCCUCCUCUCUACAGGAGUUAAUCAAGCCGCAGCUCUGCCUGGGACCCUGUCUGUCUCACCACUGCCAAUGCUGUCCACAGGCACUUGACAGUUUGAGUUUCAGUGAACAGGUUUUAGGCAAGGUAGAGCUGCUUUCCAUGUAUAGAAAUUUGUAAUAGAAUGUAAAAUACCUUUUUUUUUUAAAGUCCCCUUUAUAUGAUUUCCAAAUCAGUGUUUAGAAGUCUACAUUGACAGCAAAAUGCUGUGCUUUCUGAACCAGGGACUGUGAGUUGCCCCCCAGGCCGCUAACCCUACAGAGUGGAGAUGCUGCGUUUUUUUACACUGUCAACUUACUCAGAUUUGAGAAAAUGACAUUUUUAUUCUAGGCAGUAUUUUCUAGUAAAUUCCGGCUUCCUGAUACCCAGGCCCACUUCUUACCCCUGGUGUUUCCAGGGAAGGCAGCACCCAGUCCCCCUGCAGCCCAUGCUCUCUGCAGCAUUUAGUUCUAUAGUUCAUAUUCCAGGUCAAACUCAGGGUCAAGGUUAACAAAGGAGGUGUUAGUUACAAAAUACUAAUAUAAUAUUUCUAUUAUAGAGGGACAAAAUAUAGCAAUUUCUGAAAGUGUAGAAAUAAGCCACAAAUGUCCUAAUGAGUGCACACCUGCUACAGUUAAAAAUUAAGUGUAACUUUUGUAACCUACUGCUGGUUUUCAGAAAAUGCAAACUACCAAGAAUUUUUUAUAUAAAUAGAAUUAUUUCUACUUGCUGUGCAUUAGGGCCCGCUGAUGUGGUAAACAUGGAAUGCUCAGAUCUAAUAACGGGGGAAUGGAAGAAAUGCUAGGAAAUGGAACAUGGGGUAGAUUAGUUUCAAGUGUGGGCUGAUGGGAAAUCAGUGCUUUCUCAUUGGCUACUUUCCUUUCUUCAGAAUGUAGUUUAGGCUCCUGCGGUGGUGAAGGCUUUUAAGUUUAACUUGGUUUGUUUGCUGCCCUCUUGGUACUUCAGUACCAGCCGACGGUGUUCUUCCAUACUGGUUUCCUUAGCACUUUGAAGAUGUCAGCCUCUUAGUCUCCACUGAUUUGGGGGUUAAAAGUAAUGUUGUUUUGUCUUUUCUAAUUUGUUACUUUCAAAUACCAAGACUUUCGUUGAAGGGAUUUCUUUUUAAAUCUACCAAAAUUGACCACAUUUUCGAAGCAUAAGUUUGUCUUCCAAGACUGGCUUAAGCAAACGCUCACCUUUCCUAGCUUUCCUGGAGAAUGUUAAGAAAGAGCAAUCGUGGGUGUACGUGUGGACACCAGAGCUACUCUGGCUUUAAAUUUCACUUCAGUAAUUCCAUAAAAAGAAUAAUUCAGAGGUAGAGAAAAGAGAGCUGGCAACAUAUUUUAUGGUGUGAUAAAUUUGUGUCUUCAGGGGAAAGACUAGCAAACUCUUGUUACCCUUUUUUCUAUAAUGACCAAUUUUGGUAUUUCAUUGUUACUAAGAUCUAUUUUUAGAAUAAAAUUUGUUUUCCAUUCAAAGGUUUUAGUGUUUUGUUGAAUGUGCACAGAGGUUCCUAUUUUAUUUAUCCAGUAUAUAAUCUUGAUGCAUGCACAGUAAAGGCCUGCUUUUACACCUAGGCCAGACCUUGGAUAGUUUAGUCUCACAACAAAAGUGUCCAUUCCUUGGCACAGGCUUUGAAAGUUUGCCAUCGGGGUCUCUCAUUUCUUCAGUAUUCUUGGGUUCAGUUUCUUUUGCAACAGAUUAUCAGCCAUCCAUUUCCACCAGAGGCUGCCAUCCCCACAAACACAUCACACACCACACGCAGCCACUUACUUUACUCCAGAAAUCAGAGAUGCCAUCUCUCCUGCUGACCCUGAACAAACUCAAAACACUCCAAAGCUAAGCUCUGAGGCUGUGUGGUACCUACCUAUGCUUCUGAGAUGGGAGACAUCCCCAGAACAAGCUGCUUUGCUCAUGGACCCUCAAGCCACGUGUGCAUUUAAAGUGCCAGCGUGGCUGCCAGUGAUGCUCAGGCCUAGACAUCCAACAUCAGUGGUGUCUUAAAAGGCCCCAUGCUUGGGGCCCCAGGGCCCCUGUGUAAUGUGCCUAUUUACUAAUGCUAGCUCAUGUGGUCACCAGAGAGAACACAGAGCUCACCUUCACCCUGCAGCCACCAUAGCCAUGUGCAUGCUACAUGCCCUUGUUCCCAGUUCUUGGCUGUUUCACAGGUGGCACCCUAGAUACUGUUAUCAGAAGGGGCAUCAAUCCUGAGAACCCAUGCUCUAGUCCCUGGGGCCACAGCCUCUUCACAGGCACCACUCUUCAAAAUAUAGUGAUGUCACAGUGUGCCUGCAGGCUGGACUCCGUGCCUUGACAAGCCUUCGCCACAGCCUCUCGUGCAGAAUGACUCCAGCAGACGUCACAAGUGGACCCACAAACCCCGAGCUACUCACGGACAGAGCUCCGAGGGCCCUGCAGUAUCUGCCACAACUACCUCAGCUGCUGGCUGGCCUCACCUGUGCCAGGCCAUUGUGCCUCCACCAGCACCCUCCAUUCCAAGGGUAAGUCCUUUGUCCCAAAGCCAUCCUAAAAGUGACAGUGCCACUAAAUACAGAGUUCAACAGGAAAUGUGAAGUCAAGAAGAAAUGAAUACCAACCAACCACUUCCCAGUAGCUAGAGAGCUCCAAACUAUCAACAUAUAAAAGUAAUUUGGGAUGAUCAUUUUAAGAAAGAUUUAAAAAGGGACAAAGUGAAAAUUGUAAUAUAGUGAAGUGUUAAGUUGGCUUUACAUUGUUGUAAUAAAAUAACUUGAUACUCAGCCUAUAGAAAAUGUUUCUUGCCUAAGUGGGGAGAGGGCUGUUUAUCCAUGAUUGAUUGCUACCUGCUUGCUGUUGGUCCCAUGCUGGGGCACAGCAUCAUGUACAGAGGAACAGAGGAAACAUGGAACAGAGGAAAGUGUUCCAUGCUAUCUGUGGGCGACUGGAUCCAGGACUCUGAAAGCUACCAAAAUCUGCUUAAACUCAUCACUGGAGUACUUAUAGUACCUAUCUAGCACAGUGCAAACACUAAGACACAGAUACUGAUGACAAAGUAUACAGUCAUCAGAGAAAAAAAGAUGUGAAGAAAUGCGAUCCUACACAGUUUAUGAGCCAGCAUCACAAGUGAAAAUACUGAAUACAGUAUUAAAGGAGGAAAAAUUACUUAAAAAAAUAAUAACUAGAAAUGCCCCAAAUCUGGGGGAAGAAAUGAUUUUAAAGAAUCCAGGUACAGAAAGAUCCAAAGUCACAACUCAUAUUUGAUUCAGAAUGGAUUACACUGUGACAUUGCAAUCAAAUUGCCAGACGCUGACAGGAUCCUGAAGGCAACAAGAAAAAGAUGCGCAACCCCACACAAAAGGCUCCAAUUUUACCAUCAAGAUUUCAGUGGAAACUUGACAUGCUAGAAGAAUGGGGUGGAAUGAUCUAGUCAACGUUCUAAGGGGAAAGACAAAAACCUGACUAAAUGGCAAAGCUGUCCUUCAGACUUGCCAUAAAAGUGUGGGUGGUGUUCCAUUAUCACACUACUCAAGGAGGGAGCCUUUCAGAAUGUUGUGGGAGCCAUCGGGCUUUAGAAUGGCCAUUAGAAGGAUAAGUAUUUCCAUUGAUGGCUGCACUGUUAGCAGGUAUACAACAAAAGGAUACAUGGUGACAUGAGUAAUAAAAACACAAAGUUGUUAGUUCCUAAAAGAAAUAACCAGUGGGCUAUGUAACAGCCAAUGGGUACAUAGAAAAUAAAUAAUAAAGCAUAUUACCACUGCUGGUAUAGAAGAUUACCCAGGCACAGGGAGACAGCCAGAGGAUUUGCAGGACCAAAAUAAUAACACAAUUCUUGCCUGUAUAUACAAGUUCAGUAUCUCUGACCUGAAAUGCUAGAGAACAAAUGUGUCUCAGAUUCUGGACAUUGGGAUAUUUGCAUAUGCAAAUGAGGUAUCUUAGGGAUAGAGUGCGCGCGCGCGCGCGCGUGUGUGUGUGU